AUGAGGAUUUUCCCCAUUCUGGGUUGGAUGCUUUUCCCAGGCUGCUGGGCGGUGACGGGCCCCGGGGCAGUGCGCGGCCCCCCGGGCGGCUCGGUGGCUGUGCGGUGCCGGUAUGAGACGGGCUAUGAGCGUUAUCAGAAGUUCUGGUGCCGGGCAGGAGGUCGGUUCUGUUCCAACUGGCGUCACAUCGUUGAGACCGAUGGGUCGGAGGCCAAGGUGAAGCGGGGCGGAGUCUCCAUCCGAGACAAUCACACCCAGCGCGUGUUCACUGUGACCCUGGAGCACCUGACACGGGCAGACGCCGGCACGUACCACUGCGGGGUAGGGAGGACUGGACUUGAUCUCAGGGCCACUGUGGAAGUCACCGUCUCCCCAGCUACUUCUUCCCCACCCCCAACAGAAAGGUCAUCAUCAGCAACAUCAUCAGCGACAGCUAAUUCUUCCCCUAAUUCAACAGAAAGGUCAUCAUCAAUGACAGUGCAACCAGCUUCUUCUUCCACGUCAAAAUCUACUUCCAUCUCCACAACUGCUGAGAAAGGGAAAUCCAGCUUCUCCACUAACCAGGACAACACUUCCCCUGUGCCCCGAGACUCAGAGAUUUUCUUCUACAUCCUGAUACCAUGCGUCCUGCUGGUUCUCAUUUUGUUUCUGCUCGCUGCUGUGAUGUUGGUGAGACUGUCCAAGAAGAGGAAAAAAAGAGCAUCUGUGCAGAGGGACAAGAAAAUCAACCUGUCAAAUUUGGGGUCAGAAGAGGUUUCUUAUGCCACUGUGGCGAUUUCCACCCCCGACCAGCAGCCCAUCUAUACCAACGUGGAGCAGCGCCCCAAGACAACACGCCCAGCCAAGCCCCCUGAGGAAACCCUGUACAGCCCUGUGAAGCAGCCGCCCAAACACUAA